UCCUGUCAUUGCCUAUAGAUGACAAUCUGGGAGUAUGCUGGCAGGAAGUGGGGCCUGACCUCGUCUGCAGUCGCCCACGACUAGACCGGCAGGCCACCUACACAGAGUGCUGCUGUCUCUAUGGUGAAGCCUGGGGUAUGGACUGUGCUCUCUGUCCUGCCCAGGACUCAGAUGACUUUGAGGCCCUUUGCAACGUGCUGCGCCCACCUGCCUAUGGCCCGCCGCGCCCAGGUGGCUUUGGACUUCCCUAUGAAUAUGGCCCAGAUAUAGGCCCGCCUUACCAGAGUCUUCCUUAUGGGCCAGAUCUGUAUCCACCGCCUGUGUUACCCUACGACCCCUACCCACCCCCACCUGGACCCUUUGCUCGCCGGGAGGCACCUUAUGGAGCCCCGCCCUUCGAAAUGCCGGACUUUGAGGAUGAUGGUGGCCCCUAUAGCGAGUCUGAGGCCCCUGACCCACCCAGCCGAGGCACUGGUUGGCCUUAUAGGUCCAGAGACACCCGUGGCUCCUUCCCAGAGCCUGAGGAAUCCUCUGAGCGUGGAAGCUAUACAGGAGCCUUGUCUGAGUCCUAUGAGGGCCUAGAGGCCGAGGAGUGUGGUAUCUUGGACGGCUGCGCCCAUGGCCGCUGUGUGCGCGUUCCGGAAGGGUUCACCUGCGAUUGUUUCGAUGGUUACCGCCUGGACAUCACCCGCAUGUCCUGCGUCGACGUCAACGAGUGUGACGAGGCUGAGGCAACCUCCCCACUCUGCGUCAAUGCGCGCUGUGUCAACACUGAUGGUUCCUUCCGCUGUGUCUGCCGUCCAGGAUUUGCACCCACGCACCAGCCACAUCACUGUGCGCCUGCUCGACCCCGGGCCUGAGCAGCUGCGCCUUAUCUCCCACUAUACCUGAGCACCGGGAGCUUCCGGAGCACCGGGAGCUUCCGGAGCACCGCUGCCUCCCUCUAGCCCGCAUGUGUGCAAGGAUGCCAGGCAGACUUAGGCUGGACAGACACAGAGGGGUGCCUUCUAUGGCACCAGCCUAUCAUGCCCAGCCCCUCCCACCAGUGCCCUGGGCCUGUCCUGGGUCCCUUGGCACAUUUCUUGCCCUUUUAUACAGUUUUCAAUUAAAACACCUAUUUUGUAC